UUUCAGAAAUCAUCGCACGCAUGAUUGUUUAUCCGCCAUUUUGUUCUGCUGCCGUACGCGCAGUUUUCAGAGAAAGUGGUGAUCUAUUUUAAGAUGGAUAUAAGCGACUGAAGUGAAUUUCGUUCGAUCGGAACGACGUCGUCGUCGGACAGGAUUCCCCGCGCGCUCACGGAAGGCACCGUCACCGGGGGAUAAUGUGAAAAUCGUCUCCGCGGAAGGGACAAGUAUUGUAUAUGAUGGCAACCCGUGACAAGUUACAUCCGACCCAACUUUCCUGACUUUUGAGGCCAAAUGGCGAUUACUAAAUAAAACGGACGAUUUUCACUUCGUUCGUCACAAUGUCAGGGCAAAGUGGUGGACAUCGAGUGCGGUUGGCCAAGCUUAAUGAGCAAUUGACAUGCAAAUUGUGUGGUGGAUAUUUUAUCGAUGCCACCACCAUUAUAGAAUGUUUACACUCAUUUUGCCGAAGUUGCAUUGUUAAAUAUUUGGAAAAUAACAAAUAUUGCCCAAUCUGCGAAGUACAGGUUCACAAAAGUAGGCCAUUGUUAAAUAUACGUCCUGAUCAUACAUUGCAAGAUAUUGUAUAUAAACUGGUACCUGGAUGUUACCAAAAUGAAAUGCGAUGUCGGAGAGAAUUUUAUGCAAAGCAUCCAGAAGUACCUAAUCAAGCGAUGUCUCCAGAAGCUCGUGGAGAACCUAUAGAAUCGCAUAUAUAUUCUCCAGAUGAAUCUCUUAGCUUAUCCUUGGAAUACUUUAAUCCUCAUACAAAGGAUUUAAAUGAAGUAAAUGCUAAGGAUGACACGCAAAAACCUAUCUUAAGGCGAUACUUUCGAUGUCCUGCAGCAGUUACAGUAUUCCAUUUACAAAAAUUAAUAAGAGCCAAAUAUGGACUAGGUGAUGCAAAUAGAGUUGAUAUUAUGUACAAAGAGGAACCGUUAUGCAGUAGUUAUACAUUAAUGGAUAUUAUGUAUAUCUAUCAUUGGAGGCGGAAAGUUCCACUACACUUAAGCUACAGGAUAUUUGAAUCAUCUUUAAAACGUAUGAAAUUGUCAGAAGACAAUGCAAACUAUAAUAAAUCUUUAAAAGAUGCUGGCAUUGAUUCUAUAGAAUUGAAAGAUGAGAAAUCACUGAAACGCGAGUGGAAAGAGGUGCAGUUAAAAAUAUCAGAAACAGGUGUGAUGAGUAUAACUGAUAUAUCUAGUACAAUACACAAAAGGGAUGGAGGAAUUGAAAGUUUGCAAGAUGAAAAAUCUUCAGAAGAAACGAUCGCUUCCAUUGUAGAAGUGAACAAGACAGAUUCGUUGAUAGAAAAUUGCGAUGUGUCAAAAUCAUCCGUGGAAAUAAUGCAAUCUACUUUGGCCGCCGAUACGCAAAUAACGAAGAAUCCAAUAUUUCCCAACUCGAGUAACGUAUUUCUCGCUACGAGUGACGUUAAAUCUACAACAGAGAAUUCAUCGAUUAAAAAUUGUACGUCGCCAAUUACUCAGCAUAAUGGAAACACCACGAAACCGGGAAAUGAAACAGGAAAUCGUACAGUUCCAGCAAAGAUACAAGAAGCAAAGGGCCGCAAUCAAACCAUCAAUGUCGAGGAUAAACCAGGGCAGAAAACUAAUAAUCAACCGGUAACGCAAUUGACGGAGGAGAACGCAAAUAUCGUUGCCGAAAAUACCGAAGGAACGAAAAAGUUAUCAAUAAAUAAUAAUAACAACAACAGUACGGAUUUCAAAACUGAAACUCAGAAGGAAUGCGUAAAAAGUGCAAGCGUAGAAACGAAAAUGGGGAAUGCCGGAUCGAAAAUCGACGCGUUAAGCGCAAAGCUGCAGUUUCAACCGAAAAUAGGCCAAGUCAAUAACACUUAUUCCAAGAAAGCGCCAAAGGAAAAACGUGCGAUUCUUCAACAGAGUAUGAAGAAAUCCGACGUAAAAUCAUCGACCGAAGGUACAAAACUCUCUGAUACGAAAACGCGAAUGAAUUGCGGGAAUACUACAGCCAAGGUAUCGGUCUCGUGUUCCACGGCGACCUCUUCGCAAAAAUCAGUCGCGAUAGCAUCUCGAAACGCUUUCUCGGAUUCCGGUUCUGGUCAACAGGAAGCUGUCUUUGGGAAGGAUAAUCCGAGUAUGAGUAUCGAUGUGCAACAGGCGUUAAAUUUACUGGAACAGAAAACGAACGUGCUCACACAAACAUCGACGGACUCUAUCCCGAAAACAAGCAGCAGCCACGUCACGAGUACGAUAAAUCAGAAAUUACAGAGUGCAUCGAGUAACAACAACAAUAACACAACCACGAUGAAUGAAGAUAUCGCAUCUACAAUUGUAUCGAAUGCUUCUACGUCCACGAUCAGUCAGACAACAUCGUCGACAACGUUUCCUUAUACUCUCCAUGACAUAGUGAUUAACUCUACCGCGAUGAAACCAGCGCUCAAGAACUCGAGCGCGACAGGCAGCUGUACGACGCUCCAGAAAACAUUGAUGACAUCACCUAUCGUUGCUUGUUCAACGUCCAACAAUCAAGCGUCCCUUAUACCGCCUCAGUUCAACGUACAAACGCCCUCGAUGAGCAUAUACUCGGUAUCUAUGUCUCUAAAUAACGCGAACCAGGGUGUAACCACCGUAACGGCCACGUCAACAGCAACGAUUACGGUGACGGCGUCGAAACCGACGUCUGUGUGCUCGGUACCACCGUGUCCGGACGCGAUUCCUAUAUCCCUGAUGAAACAAGCGUCUAUGCGCAAACAGGAGGCGACCGAAGGGACAAAUUUAAACGAGAUCUGUGCGAAAAUCGGUUCCAUCGGCACCAUCGGUUCCAAGAUCAACGAUAUCUGCGCGAAGAUAGGAGAAAACUCGAAGGAGAAGAAUAGGGUGGAACAGCAGGCGCGCGGCAAAUCGGACGUUCCGGAUCUGCUUAAGAUCAGUACGAAGAAGAGUCUCUCCAUGCCCAAUUCGGACACGACGAUCAAGCCGAUCAUACCGAAUAUACCUAAUGUACCGGUAUACAAUCCGAGUGGCAACGCAACGACGAUGGAGAACAAGAGCUUAAAACCCGGCUUGCCAGUGUCAGCCGGCUCUUUAUCGGUCUCGUCGACGGUAACAUCGUUAACACCAACGUCGCCCCAGAUAACCCAGAGAAUAUCCUCCCUGAAGAAGCAGAGUCAACCGGUGGGAUAUAAAACGUUGCGCGACCCACCCAAGUCUUGGAAUCCUACUUUAUCGAAGAACAACUACGUGGCCGUGAAGAAUCAAGCGAAGGAGAUGCAGAAUCAAACCCAGACUACGUCCGCGUCCGAGGGUACGAGCAAGCAGAUCCCGUCUAAACCGGCCAAGAUCUUCAAGAUGAGAAACGUUCCUCGAUACUUAGGUAAUCCGGCAUCGGGCGUGAAGCCGAUGUACGGAGUGACAAACGACGCGAAGGACAAGGAGCAAUCUGCGGUCGCGAACACGAAGAGCAGCGCCACUCUGAACAUGAUGAAGAUCGAUCCCAAGACGCUGUCGCCCAUCGUUUCCACGGUGAAUUCGCCGAUCGUCUCGCCGCCGCCUUAUUCGCCGAACGCUCGAAGUUAUCAGAACACGCCGUAUCCCCGGGACAUAUGUCGUAGCACCGGUUCCCCGAUCUCGCCGAGGAACUCGCCGGUGAACAUGCUGUCGACCAAUCCGUUCAUACCGUCUCCCACGCCAAACACGAAUCCACGGCUCAUAUACUCUCACUUCCCGCCACCGUUUCCGGACGCCAGCCGAUUCCCGAAUCCCCUGAUACGCUCGCCUAUCGGGAUCCCGCCUCCCAGUGCCUUCCACAGCAGUUUACCACCGUCGAUCAACAAGUUGUAUCAACGAUCAGCCAGCUAUAUACCGCAGACCACCGGCAGCUACUCACCGGUGUCCACCCAACCACCGGCGGUGCAGCGAAUACCUCCUAGCACGCACUCGUCUUCGCCGAAAUCGCCCAAGACCUCGUCGCCGAGCUCGAUCUCCUGCACGUCGUUCAAUCUGGGAAAGGCGGAGUCGCAGUCGCUGAUCACGUCGACGUCGGUGGUCGACAGCGUCGCGCUGCUUCUCUCCAAGAAUGUCUCGAUUCCGGUGCCAUCGCUCAACAACGCUUUCAAUCUCUCCAAGACCGGUGGCAGUUUAGGUCCGACCUCCAAUGUCGUCAUCAAGACUGACAGCGUCGAUACGAGCCAGCAGAUUGUCAAACAAAAUUCUGCCGCAGCGGAGACACCUGAAAAUUCCAACUCGUCGAGCAGCACCGGCGAACGAAAGCAGUCCAAGGACGCGGAUCCAGGGCAAAAGACGAUGCAGGAGACGACGACGCGAAGUCUUAAAGAGGAAAGUCCCAAGGCGAAGCCUACGGAGGCGAGAUGCAGCACCGAGGUCCUCGACAGCGCCGUGAGCUCCCAGUAUCCCGACAAGAAGGAGAAGAAUCAGGCGGCGAAGAUCAACGGUGACGUGACGACGGAACAGUUGGCGAGUAAGAAGUCCAAGGAAGCUAACGAGAACGACGAAAUGACGAAACCAGCGACGGAGAUGACCGAACGAGACGGUGCCCAGGUGGAACGACCAUCAUCCAGAGAACGGUGUAAUAUUCCGAGUAGUAACGCUCAAGCUAACAAUAUCAGUGACUCCUCGCCGGCGAGCGAAUCCAAGAGCGACAAGAGUGGCGAGCAGAUACAGGGUAAAAAGUCCGAAGUGCAAAGAAACAAAGCGGAGACGUGAGGAUUAAAUUGAUUAGAUUAAUCGCGCGAUAAUUGAUGACGGAACUGCAUUUUAUCCCACACGGAGGAGAUCUGGCUUUAAGUAUAGUAAUUUAAUUCUAUACACAUCUUGUGUACGGGAUUAAAUUAUAUUUAUUGCCAGUUUUUAAUUAAUGCGCGAUUGAGUAUAUCUCAUAUAUACAUAUACUUGUGUGUAAUGUUUAAAGAUCCUUUGCGCUCCCCUUUCGUCAUCCGCGCGUAGCGAAAAAAAGUCACAAGAGAUGUGCUGGUUAACGAUGCUUAGGUGAUGAAUUUUUUCAGUAUGCGUAUUCCGUGAACACGGAAUGAGGAGAGCGAUUACGAUCAUUGUUGAAAAUGCGUUCACGACGUGUUUAGGAAUCUGUACAUUUCUGUAAAUAGCAAUCGAAAGAUCUAAUAUUAUUUUCUAUUAUAUAAAUGAGUUAUAUAUUAUAUAUCAUUACGUUGAGUACGUUAUUUUAUAAGCACACGUUAAUUGUGAGGCCGUCUGAAAUUUCUAUGCGUGUAUCUAAUAUCAAUAUUAAUUAAUACCGUUAACGAAUCACUUCCUCCCCCCUACCAUUGUUAUUACGUACGCAUACACAUAUGUAUAGAAAUGUACGACGUGUUCCACUUUUUAUCAUGUUUAUCCCUUUAAUUGUAUGCAUUUGCCUGGAUUAAUUUUUCUACAGAUUUUAACUAAAAUUUUAUGGCAAUUUACAAUCUGUAAUAUUUGAGGCUCUCAAAAGCGAGAUUGAUCAAUUUGAUCUUCUCCAAAUUUAAUUUUAAUAUAAAAAAUUAAUCGUAUACUUCGGAAUAAAAUUUUAGAAAUUUACAAAAAAUGGAAUUGACAUCAUGAUGUUAAAAGACAAAGUUUAAUAAGUUUUAAGUGGGACAAUGUCAAAUAUUUAUCUUGUUUCGUUAGACAUUAUAUCAUGCGUUGCAAUAUUGAAAUAUACAUAUUUCGCGGAUAUCGAUACAAAUUGUGGAAACAGUGACCUUGGAAAAAAGAGAUUACUCUAUUAAAGUUAUAUAUUUAAAUCAACUACACGAUUUGUGUCUCAGUACGUAUAUGCUUGCUGUUAAUUUGUUAAUGUCAGCGUUGUCACACAUCUCUUAAUAUCAUAUAAUAUCCGUUCUUGCAUCUUGGAUGUAAAACAUUUUUAAAUGGGGAUUCAAGUUAUUCAUUAGCAUUAAGUAAUUAAAAGUAUCGCAGUCACUUUUUUGUGUAUAAUUAUGAAAAGACACAAUGACUUGUGGUAGAAGAAGAUAUUCACGAUAUAAUGAGCACAUACGUAUGUUUAUGGAAAAAAAAUGUUAGGUAUAGGUAGGUAUAGGUGAACUAAUUAAAUUAAUAUAAUGUUACCUAAACCUAAACUAUACAUUUUUAUAACAUAAGAUUGAUAUGAAAUUUA